AAUAGGGCUCAGGUUAACAUUCAUAAAAGUUUUUGUAGUGAGUCCAACAAGGAAAAAAAAAAAUUGCGUUGCUGUCGACUCGUUGCAAAAGACAAAGCAGGAAAUCAAAGACUUGGAAGGUGUGGCAAAAUCCUUUCCACCGAAGUUUCUGACCAAAUGUUUGGAAAUGCGAUCGAUGGAGGCGCUCGUGCACGCGAACCUUCCGGAAGGCGGCCUAUAAAGGCGGCGGGGUCCCGGUCCUCGGCGCUCCUCGGCGCUCCUCGCUCGACUCGACUCGACUCGACUCGUCUUCGGUCGCCAUGGAAACUGCGCGCCUCGUCAUCCUGUUUGCUUUGGCCUGCUCGGCCGCCGUCGGCGCGCCGACGCCCGACGACUGCGCGCCGUUGGUGACGCCGCUGUCGCUCGACGACCGCCAACAGAUGUUCGGCCAGAAGAAUUUCAUCUCGGCCUUCACCGACGACGCGGCCUACAACGCCAUCCUCCGGGUCACCGAAAGCACUCGCGUCACCCUGAGCGCCGCCGCCCACAACGACAAAGAUGUGGUCCUCUACGAGGAGAUGAAGAUGAACGGCACCUGCUACGGCACCAGGGUCAACAUCUCCAUCGACGGCGACGUGGCGUCCACCCAAAUGCGAGACAUCUCGUCGCGCUUCCACCUGCUGCCCACCUGCGACGGCUGCCAAGUGCUGAGCAUCAACAGCACGGCUCGCAACCUCAAGACCUUCCUGGAGGCCUUCAACAUCCACUUGGACGAGGCCGUCGACGACGAGAUCGCCGUCCGUGCCCUCUACCUGUUUGGGAACCACGUGAGCGACGCCGACUUGCAACGCUUCCAGAAGCAGGCCAGCUGCUUGGGCUUCUCCGGAGAACCCGUCUUCACGAUGGACCCCAAAAAAGAGUUCUGCGACGGCCACAAAAUCAUCAUGAUCAGCUGAAGCUCAAUAAACUUGUCAUGAAGGACAAA